AUGGUAAAUGACAGCUACAAAAAGGAAGGGGAAAAAUUUAAUCCUAAAGUCAACACAAAGGGAGAGCCCCCUCAAAAACCUGUUCAAAUAGAUAAGGGUACCUGCCUGCUGAAUGUCCUUUGGGUCAUCACACUAAGCCCUAGAAGCUCCUGUUUGGAAAAGUUCAAACAUAAAUCUCCCUAUCAUGUCUCAUGUGGCCUUCUUUUCCUCUGUAUCCUCUAUAUGUCUCUUAGCAGUCACUUCUUAGUAUCAAUCACUGCCACCCUCAAUUUGACCUCAGAACACUUUAUGUAUGUUACUCAGUGUUCGUCACUUCUACCCAUGAGCUACUCCCGACAAAGCACAGUUUCCACACUGCUGGCCCUCAGGGAAGCCUUCCUGAUCAGUCUCAUGGCCCUCUCCAGCGGGUACAAGUUGACUCUCCUGUGCAGGCACAAGAAGCUGUCUCAGAAUCUUCACAGCACCAGCCUCUCUCCAAAAGCAUCUCCAGAGCUAAGGGCCACUCAGACCAUCCUGCUGCUUGUGAGCAUCUUCAUGGUUUUUUACAUUUUGGACAUUGUUAUCUUCCACUCAAGAAUGAAGUUCAAGGAUGGCUCAAUAUUCUACUGUAUCCAGAUUCUUAUGUCCCAUAGCUAUGCCACAGUCAGUCCUUUUGUGCUGAUUAGUACUGAAAAGUGUAUAAUUAAGUUUUUGAGAUCAAUGUGUGGGAGGACAAUAAAUAUUUGAUUAUUC